UACCUUAUCCCUGAUCCAUCUCAUAGCUGGGCUCAUUUUCCAAGCCCAUUGGUUGCCUCUCCCAUAUUUUUUUGCGAAAAGUUAGAUGAGUGAAAUUCCAGCCUUGGAGCUGCAGCAAUCCCAAUCGUAUAUUUAACGCCAGUCGAUAUAUUCAAAAAAUUAUCAUCUCAUCACAUAAAUAAAAAUCCCAAAAAUACCAUCCCCAUUUUCAGAGCUUCUCGCCAUGGCCAAGGUUAUCGUCGACUCGGAGUACCUGAAGGAGAUCGAGCGAGCUCGCCGCGAGCUUCGCGCUCUCAUCGCCAACAAAAACUGUGCUCCAAUUAUGCUGCGUUUGGCAUGGCAUGACGCGGGGACUUAUGAUGUGAACACGAAGACUGGAGGUCCGAAUGGUUCGAUUCGAAAUGAAGAGGAGUGCGCUCACGGAGCUAACAGUGGCUUGAAAAUCGCGAUCGAUUUCUGUGAACAAGUGAAGUCUAAAUGCCCAAGAAUUACGUAUGCAGAUCUGUAUCAGCUUGCAGGCGUUGUCGCCGUUGAAGUCACUGGAGGCCCGACAAUUGAUUUUGUUCCUGGUAGAAAGUUACAUUCCGUCCAUCCAUUGGCUUGUAUUUUAGUUUCAUCGACAGAAAUCUUAGUGGUAGCCACCUCAUGUUUCUUUCAGGAUUCAAAGAUUUCUCCAAAGGAAGGGCGGCUUCCAGAUGCUACUAAAGGCGUGCCACACCUUCGGGAGGUGUUCUAUCGUAUGGGCGUGUCUGAUAAAGACAUAGUGGCACUGUCUGGUGGCCACACCCUGGGAAGGGCACAUCCUGAGAGAUCUGGCUUUGAUGGCCCUUGGACUGCAGAGCCACUGAAGUUUGAUAAUUCAUACUUCAAGGAAUUGCUUAAGGGGGAAUCUGAGGGUUUGCUAAAACUCCCAACUGAUGUUGCAUUGCUGGAUGAUCCUGAGUUUAGACGUUAUGUUGAGCUUUAUGCUAAGGAUGAAGAUGCUUUCUUCAAAGACUAUGCUGAAUCACACAAAAAACUUUCCGAAUUAGGGUUUACCCCAGCCCAAUCUGGUGCAAAGGCAUUCGUGAAAGAUGGCACCAUAUUGGCCCAGAGUGCCGUUGGAAUUGCAGUUGCCGCUGCAGUUGUGGUCUUGAGUUACUUUUAUGAAGUUCGGAAGAAGAUGAAUUAAGCCGAAAACGUGUAUGCAUUUAUUUGUUUGCAUGUCUCGUUCGAUUCUGAACAAUAUAUUUGUAAUUGUUGCAACUCCAAAAAUAAAACACAUUUGGAGCUUUAUUGAUUACAAAACUGAAUGAUUGAGUCAGAAAGUCCCUGCCCUUAUGGAGGUGAUUUGGGCUUGUGGCUAAUGAGGUGUGACUUUUGCUUUGCACUCUUUGACNC